AUUGUAAUAACGUCCGUAUCUUGUGAUCUUAUUCCCGAAAGAAUGCCGGCCGUGUCUUAUGCAGAUAUCGGGAAGAAGGUCAAGGGCCUGCUCGGCGGCGACGCGGCGACAGGCACUUUUAUUCUGAACCCCAAGCUCACAGUUUCGGGAACCACCCAGUCUGGCGUUGCACUGACUGCAACCGCUGUGCAAAAGGGCGAUAAGCUUGACGCCACCCUCAAAGCUGCGUACAGCACCAAGAAGUAUUCCGUCGACGCCACCGCCGAUCCCGCUGGCAAGGUUACAGUCAACGCUUCCGUUUCAGAUGUCGCCCCGGGGCUCAAGUUGACCUCCGCCGUCGUACUGCCGGAUCCCGUGGCCUCCGCCAAGCUGACGGCGGAGUACGCCAAUGCAACUGUAGCCGUUAAGAGCACCGUCAGCCUUUCGGCGGCGCCAGUGGUGGACCUGUCGGUGGCCACCGCUGUAAAGGGGGUCUUGGUGGGUGGCGAGACGGCCUACGACGCUGCCAAGUCGGACAUCACCAAGUACAACUUCGUGCUGGGCUACCAUGCCUCGGACUUCCAGGCCACGGCCACCCUGCUUGACCAGCUCUCGACCCUCAAGCUCGGCUACACCCACUCGUUGUCGCCCUCGGCCGUCGUCGGCGCGGAGCUCACCCGCCGGAUCACAGGCGCCGAUGCGGGCUCUUCAAGCUUUGCGCUGGCGUAUGCUCGCACCCUGGCGGGCGGCGCUGUAGCCAAGGUCAAGCUGGACAGCGCGGGCACGCUGGCGGCGCUGUACUCGCGCAAGCUGUCGGGCGGCGAGAAGUUCACCGGCUCGUUGCAGCUGCAGCCGUCUGACCUGACCAAGGCGCCCAAGUACGGCUUUGCGCUGGAUUUGGCUUAAAGUAGAGAUUUCUUGAAGGAGGCACGGGGGCGGUUGGAUAGGUGGAGCAGGAUGCUCUGCUAUUUAUGGGGGUGGUGACGGGGGCGGAUGUGGUGCGGGCUUUGAGGUGCAUAGGGUCCUAGGGCGGGAGUGUGGAGGUGUGCGCUGCGAAUUGUGGCUGGUUGCGGCUGGGCAGGUUCAGCGCUUCCUGCUUAGAUUUUUGGGUGUUUCCAUUUCCUAGCAUGGUUCUGGUCUACCCUCCCCUCCCUUGUGUGGCCGGUCCGGCUUUGCCGUGUCGAAAGGACAGAGAGUAUUGCGGCAAAAGCGUUGGACCAACGGCUGCGCAUGUAAGUGUGAAGUUUUCAUUGGGAAAAGGCCAGAAGUCUAGGGCGGGGCAGUGGUCAAUCUCUUUGUGGAAGUACCGACGGAUCGGUGCAAGGGACGAGUCAAUAAGGUUGUAGGUGCAAUGGUGGAAGAAUAAUUACUCGAAAUUUGAACAUUGCACAGCAACCAACAGGAGCAGACCUUUGUUGAAACUUGAUUAAGAUCGAGGGUACAUUAAUGCGGUUAAAUCGGUUAACU